GAAUAUUUGUAUCUUACGACCACUACUCUUCGAGUACUGUGUCCCUCUCAUUACGAUUGACUGACCCAAAUCCCCCAGAUUCCUUGGGAUGUCAUUCCGUCAAACAAUCCUGAACCAUUCCCUACCUCUCAUCCCUAAACAUUCCUUCACUCGAUCCACACUUUCUUACUCUUUAUCCGCAUUACCAACUUCUCACCCAUCUUAUCGUCCUCCACUCGAAGAUAGUGUAAUCGAUACUAUCUUUGGUCCUGGUCAUAUAGCUUGUAAAGCUUUGGUAGAUACAUGGGAAGAAGAAGGUUUGAAGAGAUUGACUAUUGUUGAAAGUGGUUCUGAAGAGAAAUUAGAGGAUAUUCUGAAAAGACAGUUGAAGUAUUCUUCUGAAGUUGGGGAACAUUUAGUAGAAGCAUACGCCCUUUUCUCAACUCCCCAAUGGACACCUUCCCUUCCUAUUCCUAUUCAAACUCUUACCUCUCUUCUCCCCUCUAUCAACUUUCCUUCGCCUUAUAACCCACCUCGUACCUCCACGCAGCAAAACGGUUUAGAUACAUACGACAAUAUCAAGUCCACCUAUCCAAACCCUCUUUCAAAACUACAAAACAAUCUCGAUUCCAACCGUUCCAACCCUCUUUCAGAACUACAAGAUAAUCACCGAUCCGACCGGUCUGACCCUCUUUCAGAUCUACAAAACAAAAUCGGCUCAAACCUUCUUUUCCCAAUCAUCUACCCAUUAGGUGUUUUAGGUUAUUUAUGGCGAAUCUCCGAUUCUGCUUUAUCAAAAUCCCAAGGAUCCUCCUUGAAGAAAACAUCCACUGGGGAUAUAUUAGGAGCUGGAAUUAGUUGGUAUCUUUCCAGAAUCGGAUUAAGUUUAGUUUAUCUUUCUGCUGAAUCCAAAUUACUCCAACCUUACCCCGCUCAACAAACUCCCAACCCUUAUCUCCCAGCGGCUCUAGACACUCUGGAGAAGAAUAUGAAAUCCUAUGCCGACUUUCAAGGGAUGAUAGAUAAUAGCGAGACUGUUGUAGGUGACAUGAUUGGAUUUGCAGAGUAUGUCACUAGAAGUUGGAAAGGUAUUAUACGUAGUCGUGGAUUGUAGAAAUCACUCAAUGCAUAUCGUAUCUCAUU